AUGUCCAAAUUGACACUGGAGCAGAAGGUCUCCCUUUUGGCAGCACAAGACUUCUGGCGUACCCAAGAGAUCAAGGAACAUGGGAUCCCCGCAUUGAAGGUGACGGACGGGCCCAACGGAGCCCGUGGCGAAUUCUUCACGGACGGCACUCCGGCUGCGCUACUUCCCUGUGGUAUAUCACUCGCCGCCACUUGGAAUACCGAAAUCCUCCACUCCAUCGGCAGGACUCUCGCCGAGGAAACGAAGGCGCGCCAGGCACAGGCAUUGCUCGCCCCAACCGUGUGCAUGCACCGCUCACCUCUCGGAGGCCGCAACUUCGAGUCCUUCUCGGAGGAUCCGCUUGUCACCGGAAAACUCUCGUCCGCGUACAUCAAGGGUCUGCAAGAGGGCGGUGUGGGUGCCACCAUCAAGCACUAUGUUGGUAACGAGCAGGAGACGUGGAGAAUGACCGUCGACUCCAUCAUCGAAGAGAGGCCGCUGAGAGAACUGUACCUGAAGCCGUUCGAGAUCGCCAUCAGAGAGGCGAAGCCGUGGGCUGUUAUGUCGUCCUAUAACUUGGUCAAUGGCAAACAUGCGGAUAUGAAUGAAUUCACACUGCGGAAGGUUCUGCGUGGCGAGUGGAAAUACGAUGGACUGGUUAUGUCCGAUUGGGGUGGAACGAACUCGACCGUGGAGUCCAUCAAGUACGGCUGUGAUCUAGAAAUGCCUGGCCCAUCAAAAGUGCGUGGCAAGAAGGUGAUGGAUGCCAUCAGGAAGGGAGAGCUCACAAUUCAAGACAUCGAUGAGUGUGCAGCCCGUGUCCUCACCUGGAUAGAGAAGUGUGGGCGUUUCGACCUCCCAUGGACGGAAUCGGAGGAGAAAUCCAUCGAUACCCAGGCGACGCGGGAUCUGAUCCGACAGGCGGGGCACGAAGGCCUGACGCUACUGAAGAACGAGAACCACACUCUCCCGAUCGGCCCCGAGGUGCGGAAAAUCGCCAUCAUCGGCCCGAACGCGAAACAGGCCAUUGCCGGUGGAGGUGGAAGCGCGAGUUUGAAGCCAUACUACCUCACGACUCCGUACGACUCCAUCAAGGAGAUGGCAGGUGAUAGGGAGAUCGUCUACGCUCCCGGCGCCCAGACGGAUAAGUGGCUCCCACUGGCAUCAAACAUCUGCACAACACCAUCGGGCAAGCCUGGAGUGAUCCUCGAGUUCUACAAGGGCGACAAACUCGAAGGCACUCCCAUGUUCAUCCAGAACCGGCCCAAGACGGAUCUGUACCUGUGGGACAACGCACCGAAGGAAGUUCUUCCCGAGUAUUCUUUCCGAGUGAAGACGCAGAUCAUCCCCGAGACCACCGGAAAGCACACUUUCGGCCUGUCGAGCGUCGGUCCGGCGAAGAUGUACAUCAAUGGCGAGCUCCUGAUCGACAACUGGGACUGGACGGAUGCGGGCGAAGCCAUGUUCGACGGCUCGGUGGAGGAGCUCGCGCUCUGGCCCAUGGAGGCGGGAGGAGUCUAUGAGAUCCUGAUCGAGAGCAACAACGAAGUCCGGCCCGCGAGCAAGACCGGCCCCACGCAUGGCUACGGCGGAUGCCGUAUCGGCUACGUGGAACGACCGGACAAAGACUUCGUCGCCGAGGCUGCCGCGGUUGCCGCCAGCGCCGAUGUGGCCAUCGUCGUGGUCGGCCUGGACGCAGAAUGGGAGUCGGAGGGUUACGAUAGGCAGACCAUGGACCUUCCCAAGGACGGCAGCCAGGACCGCCUCAUCGCCGCCGUCGCGAAGGCCAAUCCCCGCACCAUCGUCGUCAACCAGUCCGGCACCCCCAUAACCAUGCCAUGGGUCAACGAGGUCCCCGCCAUCAUCCAGGCGUGGUACCAAGGCCAGGAAGCCGGAAACGCCCUCGCCGACGUCCUCCUCGGCAACGUCAACCCCAGCGGAAAGCUCCCCGUCACCUUCCCCAAGCGACUUGAGGACAACCCGGCCUACCACAACUGGCCAGGCCAAGACCAGCGCGUCCUCUACGGCGAAGGCGUAUUCAUUGGGUACCGCCAUUACGACCGCCUCAACAUUGCACCGCAGUUCGCAUUCGGCCACGGAAUCUCGUACACCACGUUCGAGUACGGCAGUCCCAGCAUCAGCGGCAGCACGCUUUCCGACAGCGGAAAACUGACCAUCCUGGUGUCGGUCAAGAACACCGGGACGGUCGCCGGUAAAGAGAUCGCCCAGUUGUACAUCCGCGACGUCAAGUCCCGACUUCCGCGACCAGAGAAGGAGUUGGCCGCGUUCGUGAAGGUCGCGCUGGAGCCCGGUGAGACAAAAACUGUCGAGAUGACCAUCGACAAAUAUGCUGUUGGCUAUUACGACCCGAGCCUGUCAGCCUGGAUAGCAGAGGAGGGACAGUUCGUAGGACUUGUAGCGGCGUCCGCUGUGGACAUCCGUGGAUCAGUAGAAUUCGAGGUUGCAGAAUCAUUCACCUGGAUCGCAUAA